CAGCGGAGAGAUGGCCUCGGUGGGUCCCUCUGCAGCCUCCACGCAGCCCGCCCUGCCCUCCGGACCCGCCGUCUUCAAAACCAUCCCCUACGCCUUCAUCCUGCCGGAGAUCCUCUGUGGGACCUGGGUUUGGAUCCUCGUGGCUGCUACCUCGGUCUCCUUGCCAUUGCUGCAGGGAUGGGUGAUGUAUGUAUCCCUCACCUCCUGCCUCAUCUCCCUGCUGCUCCUCUUAAGCUACCUUCUCGGCUUCCACAAGAACAGCGAGAACUGGAAAGUACUGGACAGUUUGUACCAUGGUGCCACGGCCAUUUUGUACAUGAGCGCCGCUGUCCUGCAGGCCAACGCGACCAUCAACUCUGAGUUCAGCACCAAUGCGCUGCUCAACUACCAACUCAACAGUGCUGCUUCGUUCUUCGCCUUUCUCACGACCUUCCUGUACAUCCUUCACGCCUUCAGCAUCUACUAUCAGUGAUUCUGGCUGCACCAGAUUCACCUUUGCAGGAUGGGGGCUUUCCCAGCGUGAGAGACCCUGCUGUCUUCCCAAGGUGUCCCUCCUCCAGCCCAGUCACCAGGCCUCAGGAACAGCAUGUCCUUUUGCACUUCAUCACAGGAGGGAUUUUGCUGGGACAUUUCCUGCCUUGCCUGGGGGCUAUGCAAGGGGAAGGACUUGGGGGCACGCCCCGGGCCUCCAACUUUGACAUUCUGCCAAAUAUUGACACCAAGGGAAGGGAAGGAAAAAAAAAAAAUCACUGAUCCUUCAGCAAACAAUCUUCUUCAUUAUGUAAUUUGCCUUUCUCUGGUUCAACUCCAUC